AUGCCGAUUACGGACAGAGAACACAAGAGCACUGGAGCCGAGCUAGAUGUGAGAAGUAAAUGGAGUCGCCAAGAUUAUUAGAUUCCCUGAGAAAAAAUGAAGCACUGAGAAAAUAAGCAGAGAUCUCUGUUAUUCUGAACCGAACGCCGCUGCCAAACACAACUUUUUUCGUCGUCAGUCUUCCAUGAAGCUCAUUAAUGAAGAUGAGAAACAUUACUUUCGGCAACCCCUCAUUCGAAUGGCAAACACCACAAAACGGGGAAGAUCCACUCAACAGAUAUUACACAGAAAUUUGCAAAGAUUGGCCACAUAUUCACGGGGCUUUCGCCUUGUAACGGUCUACCGAAGAUCGCAUCUCUAUCCUGAAUCGGAGAGGGAACAAAAAAAGCGACGUUUGGACGCACCUGAUUAUUGAGACGUCCUGAAACAGACAUGGAGAGGAUGUUCUGCCGCUUUUUUCGAGUGAGUUCUUUACUUUUGUAUGUAGACUUGAGUCGGUUUUUUAUUCUGGAACAAAGCGAUCUCAAAUCUGUUCUGCAUUUUGUUCUCCAAAACGUAUAUUGAAAUCGAUCAUGAAACUUCAAUUUAAAUAAUGCUAACUAAUACAUUGACAAAUCAUUGACAAAUUUUGUACAUUUUAUCAGAAGCUGCGAUAAAUUGCUUCGAAUCUUUCAGAAGCACAGAUUGGCAUUCAUAAUUAUCGCAAUUCUGCUGGUGCUGUGGUACGUCGGAAGUCAGGAGGAAGAGGAGAAAAUCGAGAGUUCCAUUCAUUCUUCCUACUUCUUCAACAACUCGAAAUCGUGAGUUCACAAUAUACACGAAAAAGUGCGAGUUUUUUAGACUGGGACAGAAUGCAGUGGCUAUCGUGCUGACAGUUGAUCAGCGGCUCCGAAACCAUGAAAUCAGACUGAUUGGGAUUGAUGAAGAGGGAAAAAAGACGUCAUCCCGAGCAACAGUCUCCUUGGAGUCCGACGUGAAGGACCAGCACUUUGUGACUGCUCUCAUACAAGCAAAUCUGAAAGUGAAUCACUUGAAGAAGCUGAAAAUGGAAGUGAACGAUGAUGUGUUCGAGGUGAGCGCAUACCAUUUCCAGUUGGAAUGCCGCCAACUUUCAGGUUCCGUUCCGUUCAAUCGACUCGAGUCGGCCCCGCCAUCCGGUUGUUUUCUGCGUCGCUCCUCAGGUAAUCUCGGAGAACUGGCAGCACUUUGUUGCUCAAAUCCAUAUUGCCCGUCACUUCGGAGCGCACGUUCACAUGUACCUUUCGAGGGUGAUUGAGCCGUUUUUCGAGUUGCUCCAAGAAUACGAAAAACGCGAGUUCAUCAGUGUCCAGCCGUGGCUGCACCAUUCGAGGGCCACCGACGGAGCCGCGUUCACCGAUUGCCUUCUGCAGUACAAAGAUCGAGCCCGCUACGUGGCAUUCGUGGAGUUCAACGAGAUUCUGAUUCCGUCCGGAGCAGACUCUUAUUUCGAAGAAUAUCUGAGAGAGUUCGGAGGACAUCGACUCAUCAGCAGUCUAUAUUAUCCCGAGUACCGAAUGAAGACGAAGAUUCGUAAGUUUUCAACAAGUUCUGAUUUGAAACUAUUUGAGAGUACUUGUCAGCUGCCUCUUGGAAUGGCUACAGUUUCGAUAAUCUUAUUCGGGACGGAGAAAUUAAAAUGGGCAGAAAUCUUGGGAGACUUGUUGUUCGAACGGACAUGUUCAACUCCACCGGCUCCAGAUAUUCAGCGAAUGCGAAUACGAGAAUGAAUUUGAGGUGAACAUUUGAACUCGUAUGGACUUUUGGACCACAUCUCUUUUUCCAUUUGCUCAGAAUAACAAAACGAGUCUCAAAUGGCGUCAUUCGUUUGAAACAAGCGGGAGCCAGAAAACUACACCGAGCAAUGCCGUCGGCCAUUCUCAGAAACUUCCCGUUGCUUAGCGACGGCCUGUUGGACGCCAUUGAGACCCAUUGGAAUCGGUAAACAAUUACGAGCCGCUUUUCAUCCUUUUCACGCCUUCUAUUUUCAGCCUUAAAAAGUCGUCCGUCUUCCAGACGCUUGAAGGAAAUUUGCCACGUCAUCCGAUAUUUUCGAAUACUUUGAAGAAGUGUAUGACGACUUUCAGCCAUGGCUGUAAGGAUUUGGUGGGGAAAUUCGUUCAAUUCUCAUGUACUAAUGCGACCUUUCAGACGCCGUCCCUCCCAGACGGAUUGAAAUGCACCGUUUCCCGCGCCAUCAUGAGAACACGACCUUCCCCGUCGAGUCCAAUUCACUUUACAUUAUCGGUUGA